AUGCGAUUGCUAGGGGACUGGUUCAAUUUGAUCCACCCCCUAGCUCCGAUCUUACUCCGUCGUCGGUUCCUUCAGCGUCUUCAGCAAGGAGUAGCUGACGUUGACGCCGAGUUCUGUGGGCUCGUCAUUAGCGUAUGCGCAGCUACCAAAGCGACACUACCGCGGGGUGACUAUGGACCAGUGACUGUAGAUUAUUGUGUUGACUUCCUUGAUGCUCACGGACUACUCAAGAGUCAAUUUACCCGGGACUCCUUUAGUAUGGACAGGUGCAUCGCCUUGUACAAUAUCGGGACAGCCAUGAGCGCCACUACGAAAUCAGGGUUAAGCAGCAUGCGCGCCUAUCACGCCUUGAGCGAGGCUGCUGCAGGGGCUAGGUACCUGGCAUAUUAUCGGAUACAUGAGCAUGAUGAGGCUGAACAGCAGCUGUUGAGAAGACUCAUAUGGUUAUUAUUUGCUAGCGCAUGGUAUGUUGCGGCACUGGGAGUGGGUAAGCCGAGCAGCGCUAAUCAAGUCACAUAUCACAGUAGUGCGGAUAUUUUCGGAAGACUACCCAUCAGUUUGCUCAGUCAAGAUCGCAUCGAGACCUUUCCAAGACCACUCCCUCUUUCAGAUAACCAGAUAGAGCCAAGGACUGCAAAGAGCUGCCACGAGCCACCUUGGCACGGAGAUGACACCACUUACGUCCCAGGGCUAAACUCGUUAAGCGACUUGUUCCUCAUCUGGCAAGAGGUGCAGCAAGUUCCCGAGGGUAUGGAACCACAGGUAACUAUCACGAGAUAUCUUGGAAAGAUUCAACAGGUUCUGGAUAAUCUCCCGCCCGAGCUGCGAUGGCGUGGUGGUCUGUCCCGUCCCGCUAACGUUACAGAAGGGCAUGAUGUCCAAAUCGCCAAUUUAUUUGUGACGAGCCUCAAUAUCCGCUCCAACAUUCUUCAGAAGUUCGGUCCGACAGACAAAAGCGCAGAAGACCACCAGAAAAUCGUAGAUGACCUAUUAGAGAUCCUGUACCAUCUUCCCCGCGCUGUCUUUGAUGCCAACGGCAGCAGCCUCGUCCCCAAGAUUCGGGACAUUGGAGCAGCCUACCUUGAACAGUUGGGGAGUGGCGUGGGGGAAGUGGAGAUAGGAGAUGCGAGAAUUAAACUGCAGCGAUUACUUCGGAAGCUGGAUGAUCUAGACUGUUGGCAGGGAAUUGGUGUUCUCGACACUCCGCCAUUGAGGGUAGAUACGUGA